GCAGCAAGGAUGGAACUAAGUGCUACAGAGCUUUGGGAGGAACUUUGGACAUCCAUCUGGGCAGCAUCUCAGAAAUACUUGAAUACCAAUUGUUGAAGGAUUCAUUAAAAAUAUUUAAUGUGAAAAAGAAUAUGAUCAGUUUUAAAACCACAGAACAUAGAUAUCUUUUUCUCAGUAAUGGGACAUUUAGGAUCAAUAACUUGAGCAGGAGUGACAGUGAUAAUUAUACCCUUCAAACCUUUGAUUCAGAUGGAAGAAGAUCAGACGAGCGUAUUUUACAGUUGUUUAUUCAAGCUCCUGUGUCCUCUGUCCUGCUGGUCUCUGAGUGUCUGUCCCAGGGAGAGAUGAGGGUGUCCUGCUCCUCUGAGGGAGGGGACAGUCCUCAGUACAGCUGGACUCUGGAUGGACGCAAACUGACAGAUGCUGAGCUCCUUUCUGUAAAUAAUGAGACUAACAUCAUCACUCUGAAACAGCACAUCUCAGGACGUCUGGUCUGCUCUGUCAGGAACAACGUCAGUGAUGUCUCCAAAGAAGAGAGGAUAUCUACCUGUGGAGCAGGAAUUUUACCACUGAUGGGAGGUGUUCUCUCAGCACUGAUAAUUUUCUUAGUUGUGGCUGUAGCAGUCAUCUGUUCUCGGAGAAAAAAACAAAAAAACAAACCUACAAAACAGGAAGAAGAUGACCAGGCAAUAAUGUUUACUGAUGUCAGUCUCACACAACAGCAAGGAAAGCAAGUUGUCCAAAGAGGGGAGAUGGAGGUGGAGCCAGAGUAAUCCCAAGUCACCCACAUCAUUUACCCAGGGUUGUGAGUUUGAUGAUGUUUUGGGGUUUUACUCAUUUUUAAAUUAAUUUUGUUCAAUGGGGCUUUAGGUUCAUUGUGGGUAAUGGUGAGUUUGGUGUUCAAGCUCAAUAAUCUUUUGUUCAUAUUCUACCUUCUGUUUACCUUUGAGUGUCAUCUAUAUAUCUAUAUUUUUAGUUCAUGGUUUCUUUUAUAAUGUUAGUUCCCUUUCAUUGGGAGUAACCAGGAUGGACAAGAGUAGAAAUUAGUAUAUUAGAGGCACAGCUCAGGUUGAGCAGUUUGGAGACAAAAUGGUUGUCAUGUUGGACAUGCAGAGAGCUGAUAUGAUAGGAGAGGAUACUAGGGAUAGGAAGACGGACUGCUGGGACGGCCCCUAAAAAUAUCAGAUGGAAGACGAAGAGGUAUUCCUGACCUGUCCAGACAGUUCAUAAUAAAACAUCAGAGGUUAAACCUCUAAAUCUGCCUCCUGAUUUUAGUGUCUCAUUUUCUCCAUAUACUGUAUUGUAUAUAAUUGUAAUCAUGAACACAGGUUACAAACAUUGUACAAACUGCUUUUAUUAAAAUUGAAUUCACUAAAAAAUGUGCUGCAGUCUGUGUUC